UAAACCAAUCCUCCUCUGGCCACGUCAACCGGAACUAGCUGCUCUGGAAACUUCAUAAGGCGAUGUGAUUAACGACAUUAGUGGAAGACCGACUGUCAUAACGAGGUUUCGUUAUCAGUGUUGCAUUACUGCUCCGUCGUUAAAGAAACCAUUGACCCGUGUCUCCAGCAUUUGAGGUGUAAGCUGGCAGUCAUGUCCAGUAUAAGAGGAGUUUGGACAGGGCACAAUGGAGCAGUGUUCUUUGCCCUGUUUGUGAUUUUCAUCGUGGAUGUCCAAACACGGCCCGCAAACAUAUCAGUCCACAGAAACAAACAUGUAAACGGUAAGGAGGAAAACGAGAUCCUUCCCCCUGACCACUUAAACGGUGUCAAAAUGGAAAUGGAUGGUCAUCUGAACAAGGACUUCCAUCAAGAAGUGUUUCUGGGAAAGGAGAUGGAGGAGUUUGAUGAAGACUCAGAGCCCAGGAAAAACCGCAAGAAAUUAAUUGAAAUAUUUAGCAAAGUGGAUUUCAAUAAGGACAGAAGUGUCAGUGCUAAAGAGCUUCAACGCUGGAUCAUGCAGAAAACAGAAGAGCACUUCCAAGAGGCGGUGAAAGAGAACAAACUUAAUUUCCAUGCUGUAGAUCCAGAUGGAAAUGGACACGUGACGUGGGAUGAGUACCGGGUGAAGUUUUUGGCCAGCAAAGGCUUCAAUGAGAAGGAGGUGGCUGAGAAGAUAAAAAAUAAUGGGGAGCUUAAACUGGAUGAGGAGACCCAGGAGAUUUUGGAAAGCCUGAAGGAUCGCUGGUUCCAGGCCGAUAACCCUCCAGCAGACCAGCUGCUGAACGAGGAGGAGUUUCUCUCCUUCCUUCAUCCAGAGCACAGCAGAGGAAUGCUCAAAUACAUGGUCAAGGAAAUCAUCAGAGACCUGGAUCAAGAUGGAGAUAAAGAACUGACACUGUCCGAAUUCAUCUCUCUGCCCAUGGGCACGGUGGAGAACCAGCAGGGUCAGGAUAUUGAUGAUGACUGGGUUCGUGAGAGGAAGAAAGAGUUUGAGGAGGUCAUCGAUGCCAACCACAACGGCAUCGUCACCAUGGAUGAGCUCGAGGAAUAUAUGGACCCCAUGAAUGAGUACAACGCUCUAAACGAAGCCAAACAGAUGAUCGCUGUUGCUGACGAGAACCAGAACCACAACUUGGAACUGGAGGAGAUCCUCAAAUACAGCGAAUACUUUACCGGAAGCAAGUUCAUGGACUACGCCCGCAACGUACACGAGGAGUUCUAAGACGUACUCCUCAAUUCUGUAAAGAGGGGAAAAAAACUUAAUCUUAACAGCUGAACUGGCAGAUAUAACAGUCCACACCUCCCUUAAGAUUGCAUAUGGAUUUGCCUCCUAGGGAUCUGAUUGGCUCAUUGGAGAGUGUGUGGAUGCUUGAAGCAGUGUUAAUGUCUCUGUAAGGCAUUCAGAAUUCCUCUAAUAUUUUUUCACACGCCAUCAGAAUCUUCCUUCUGUCCGAGCUGCUUUUCCUGAAGUGCGAUAAUGAUUAAUAUUUAAUAUCUGAGAAAAAAAAAAAAUCAUUGCUUUGAGCUAUAGACAAGUCUUUUGGUCCCUCUUUGUAUAGAGACUUUAAAAUAGAUGAAAAUGUAAAUAAGAUUCUUGAAAAAUACUUUGAACUAAAGUCAUUUGAUUUUUCUCAAGAAGAUGCUUUUGACCUAUGGACACCUGCUGUUUCCAGAGUUGGAGAGCUUAAACACGAAAAUAUCAGUAAUGCCAAAAAAAGUCAAACUGAAACACUGGUGUAUGUAUGUAUAUGUAAAACAAAAACAUGCUGUUGCACUCAAGACGUUUAGUUUUAUUUUAUACAUUAUGUGCAUUUUCUUGACAAAGUACUUUAUUCCCCCUCGCACAGCCAGUGUACGUUUGCACAAUGUAAAAACGAGUAGUUAUUGAUGAGAUUAUUAUGAUGUAGCUUAUCCAUCCACCGCUUUCAUAUCCCUAGAGUUCUUUGUGAGGAUUUCUGUUUUAUUUCUAGGUGAUUUUAUUUUUUUUCUAUUGACUGGGGAAAAAAAAGCUGGUCUUAAUAGAAUUAGCAGCUCAACAGCUCUGGAAACAGCACCAGUACUGUGAGUGUCUGUAUCGCCUCCCAUGGAUCUUGUGUGCAUUAGUUUUCAUCCUAGGAUCCCUGAAUCACCUGCAGAACAACAGAUUUAUUUUAGAAUUAUUUUCUGAUUCAUUUUUUUUUCCAAGACUGAAGUAUCAACCUUUAAUUUGAUGGAGUCCAUUUGAUGUGAAGUAAAUGGGGGUGUAUUGAUGUAUUAUUUCAAAUAUAUAUUAUUAUCUAUAAAGAAUAUUUUCUUAAAUUUGUCAGGUUUUGUUUCAGUAAUAUUUAAUAGGUUCUCUAAUUCUUCUUUGCAUUGUAUUUGAUUCCAUUAUUAUAAAGUAUGCUUUCUCGGCUAAUUUAUUGUCGUCUCAUGCCUGAUAUGAGCUGAAGAAGCUAUGUGUGUACAGUAUGAUGCCCUUGUCUUGUGGAAAUGUUUGAUUCAAAUUUUAUUUCAGCUGCUGAAUGUCUUGGGGCUUUUAUGCAUUAAACAAUGCUGUGUAAACUGA